AUGAGUUGCUCAUUUGUCACCAUCAAGGAUCCAAACAAAUAUCUCUAUAUGAUCAAUAUCCUAACAUUCACCAAAUUACUAGAAUGCUACACAUCAGAACAUCUCACUGAUCUUGGUCUGCUACUCAGAAGGAGCCAAAUGAAGCAGGAUAGUGUAGCCUCGAGUCUUGGCGAGCGUACUCAAUUUAGCCCCACGGCUCUGAAGCUGGAGUUGCCUCCUCAGGACCUCAAACGGGUCCAAGCUCCAGCUGCUCAAAAGCAUUCAUCUCAUGCUGCUUCAUGUUCUGAAUCCUUUUCCUGCCUUCAGGUGAAUGCAAGUAAGCCGAUUUAA